GAGGAAUCGUACGUUAUAAAUCUAUAACCAAACCGCCAUUAACCUAUACAUAUAUUACACGCCAGUUGAAAAUUGUCAUAACGGGUUUCCACCAAGGACAAGUUACCUCUUCUGCCAUCUCUAUUCACAUUCUUUCGCUUGUAUCUACCAUAAUGCAUCGGUCUGCGGGAUUGACGAUUAGAAAACUGUGCGGCGAACUUGAAUGCCCCAAAUACCAUUUGUGCCAGGUUCACGAUCUACAAUGCUACCCAUGUCCAUCGUAUUGCAAUGAGACAUCGCACAAUUUUGACGUUAAUAUAUGCGAACGACAGUGCCAAGCCACUGCUCGUAUCGCACGCCAGUUGGACAUUGUCAUUCGACAGUACUUUACUAGGUUUCCACCAAGGACAAAUUACCUCUACCGAGUCUACCGCCAUCUUUAUCAACGUUCGUUUGCUAGUAUCUACCAUAAUGCAUCGGUCUGCGGGAUUGACGAUUAGAAAACUGUGCGGCGAACUUGAAUGCCCCAAAUACCAUUUGUGCCAGGUUCACGAUCUUCAAUGCUACCCAUGUCCAUCGUAUUGCAAUGAGACAUCGCACAAUUUUGACGUUAAUAUAUGCGAACGACAGUGCCAAGAUUACAUUCAUGAUUAUAUUCAGCAUUAUGUUAGAGCUGACGAAAUCCAUGAUUCACUUCAAGAAUUGGAGAUCUUGAAAUUUUGGAUGCUGUGUUUAACAGUAUUGACGGUGAUUGCAUUAAUAUCAAUGUUUUUAUGGACCCGCAAGAGGAAGACAUUGAACAUUGAGAACGGGGGCAAAGAAUCACGAUUAAAAAAUAAUAUGUUUUCUUUAAAGUUCAAAAACAACUAGACUGAGAAAACGAUGAUAGCAGCGCGAACAACGAUGAGCUCGUGAUUCGACCCCCAAGCCAGCACAAUAGACUCGUCGCCGAACAAGCUGCGCUGCAAAGAUGUCACACUUCAGACCCGGGAGUUCAUCGGCUAUGACAACUUAGAGAUGUAGAAAAUGUCCCCCGUGUUCCAUACUAAACUAUAACUGACAAUAUUUUAUAAAAAUGUAUAUAAUUUAUAUUAUAGUCUAUAGAUAGAUGGAUUACCAUCACUUAUCAACAUUUGAACAUUUGUAUCAUAAAUUAUGUAAAUAUAUAUAUUUUUUUAAUAAUAAUAACUAUUUAUUAAUAUUUUACAAUAAUACAAUAUUUAGCUAAUAAUAUAUUCUAGUGUAUUUAUCUCCUGUAAGCAAAUCUUAAGUUGAUAGUAGAGUUAAUUAUGGAAAUUUUACAUUAUAUUAUAGUCUUUGGGUUCAAUAUAAGAACCUUGUUCAGAAAAAUAUUGAAAACGUUUGUGUUCAGUUUUGAAAACUAUUAAAGCGCCUUUUACUAUUUGAAUAAAGUUAGUGAAAUUACUUAAACAUUCUGCAAAAAAUUUUCCUUCACAUAUCAUUUGUUCAACAUAAGUUUUAAUACAAAUAGCAAUACUCACAGAAAAAUCUGUU